AUGGAUCAUCUACCUCUGCCACAAAAUGCCACUCUGGGAACUCUCGACAUCCCUUACCUGUGCACCGAAGACUAUGAUGGCGAGGACUUCGAAACAUUCCCUGCGCGCAAGCACUGGACCAUUGAGCGACGGUUCACUGUUAUCGUGUUCGCUUGCCGUGAGCGACUGGUGACUGAACAUUCAGAAGUUGGGAGUUUUCUUCAGACUUGGCUGUAUUUCGGGUUACUGAAUCAGUUUCUAGAGAAGCCCGUGGAUGUCAAGUUGUUCCAGAGGGAAGCAGGCGGCGGCAAGGUGCUGUUCACUUCGAAGCGUCUUGGAGAUAUCAUCAGUGCUUGGACGGUGCAGACCAUGGAACAGGACUGGUCGAUGUACGAAAACAACCUCCGAACCUGGAAAGACCGUCUUUAUGGCUAUCUUCUCACCGCGCGAGAUAUCGUCCUCAGAGUUGUACAUUCUCUGGACGGCCAACCCGAAAAUAUACUGUCCUGCGUCUGUCUCAGCAUCGCUGUGCUGGGAGAAUAUCUCAAUUACGCGUUGAAGGAUAUGUUCAUAAAAAGAGGCUUGGAAUCCCCAGUGAUGCAGAACUGGCAAUCCGUGGACUGGGCAGACUGCGGCGGACCGAUCGUCACGAUCAUGCAACGGAAUGGAUGGUGUCCGAAUAAGCUUGCAUACUUCGAUGCCGAGGAUCUCAAGUCCAUCGGCAAGCUGUGGUAUUCUGCAAACAUGAAACCACCAAAUGCUGAAAAGUCUCAUGCACGCUGCAGCGAGGAACAAUGUCAGUUGUUGCAAGUCGAUCUGCGCGAAUACAGAACUUGUCAUACACGAGAAGGCUGCGAAUGUGCCUCGCGUGGUCCUGAACCCGGGCUGUUGGCAAGCGCUAUCCAAAAUGACUUGGUACCCUUGGUGACCAUCGCUGAACGCGCCGGAGUCAAAGUGAGCCUGCAAAUCGCAGAUGAGAACACUGAAUACGUUGCCAUUUCUCAUGUAUGGGCGGAUGGCAUGGGCAACCUAAAGGAAAAUACUUUGACCGAGUGCUCCUUGCGUCAGCUCCGCUUCUACGUCGAUGCUCUGGCUGGGUUCGAUGCUCAGUCCAAUCUGCCUUUGUGGAUCGAUACUCUCUGCCUGCCCAGAAACCCGAUUGAGUUGCGCCGCAGAGGUAUCAUAGCUUUCAACGAGGUCUUCAGAAAAGCCCAACACGUGCUCGUUCUUGACUCGUAUCUCCAAAAGCUUUCCUCCAAGUCAAUGUCCCCUAUCGAGUUGCUUGCGCGUGUAGCUGUCUGUGGUUGGACGCAGCGCCUUUGGACAUUUUCCGAGGGCCGUUUGGGAAGAAGUGUCUACUUCCAGUUCGAGGAUCGCGCUGUAGACCUUUUUCAAGCCGUGGAUCAGUGGCGUGAGACGUUUUUUAGAAUUCCGUCAUUACCGAGCCACGGCGUUGACUUAGCUGUCAUUGGAAACUUCUCUGCGACAAGGAUCCUGCCAGGCCCUGAGUUUGACUGCCGCCUGCUGGAGUUACCUACCUUGCGCUUCGCCUUGGGCACAAGAUCGACCAGCUGGCCGACGGAUGAAGCCAUCUGUCUGGCUGGGAUCCUUGGACUGAACAUGCGUCAAGUCAUUGAAGCUGAUGACGCCCAGAAAAUGAACGUGGUAUGGAGUUUGCUGCAAAAUCUCCCUACAGGACUGGCCUUUUCUCGCGCGCCAAGAAAACUGGUCGAUAAAGGGUACAGAUGGGCGCCGUCUUCUUUGUUAGGAGACCUCAAGGUGCAACGCUGGGGAGGACCAGGCCCAUUGUUUGCCAGACUGAAUGCAACGCCGUCUGAGGCUGGUCUUAUUGUGCAGCUUCCCGGGGCUUUGUUCAAGGCCCGUCUCAGCACCGAUUCGGGGGCCGGCAGGACGAAGCUGAAGUUGUUUGAGUGCUGUCUUCCACAGUUCGCUGCAGAUCGGGGACAUUUAUCGCUACAGGGCGGAAGUGGCCAAUGGUAUUCCUGCAAUAUUAUUUCAAACUGGCACCAAGAAUCUGCCGACGUUGAUAUCGCAAAUGAGGUACCAGCAAUCAUCCUGGAGUCACCCAUUGAGAUGGACAGGUCGUCAGCUAGGGACGACUUCCGAUCAAUCGACACGUUACGUGGCCUGCUGGUCACUUAUUUUCACUCAGAAGAGGGUGAGGAGAUCAUCCACGCCAAAGCUCAUAGCCAUGUGGAAUUGCAGACUCUGUCAAAUAAGGUGCAGAAGUUCCAUGACAAAGUCAAGAUAUGCUGUGAAGAGAUUCUCAGUCACAACAUGGACACCAUAGCUGCUUUGCAAGAUGAUCAAGACACCCUAAAACGCAAGAUCGCCUCCUGGGUGGAGGAAUAUGCCAGGGAAGAUGACCUUCUGGAGCUUGGGAAAGAAAUUUGGCGCCAUGAAAUGUGGGACGAUAGCGAUGGCAAGUUGAUAAAUCACAUUGUGUGGAGUGUGGGGUAUUUGUGCUCGGUUGAUGAGUGGUACGUUAUUGAGGAGGGUUCACGGCCGAUAACAUGGUGUGUUGACUGA